GAGGGCGGCCCGGCGAAAUUGUAAAUGCCUCCAUAAUAGCGCGUUAUUCGUUCUCGCUCCAAUGGGACUUGGGAGCAACGUUUAUGAUUCGUAAUCUGCAUCGAGUUCUAGCUUUUACUUUACAUAACUCAGAAAUGUUGUGCACCUUUGCAUGCGAUUAAGCUUUACAGGCUGAAUUUACUCCGUUCAUAACAAUUAUGUCUGCGCGUGUGUUUCAAAACUUGCCUCCUGCAGUUAAGCAGGUUGACGAUUUGCUCCGUUGUGGCAUCUGCUAUGAGUUUCUGCAGACUUCUGUGAUGACAACAUGUUCACACAACUAUUGCUCCCUUUGCAUUCGGCAGUCUCUACUGCAUAGGCAGUCCUGCCCUACCUGCCAGUCGUCCAUUUGUGACUCUGAGUUACGUCCAAAUAGAACUCUGGACUGCAUAAUAGAGCUUUUCCCUGCUAUCAGAGAUGCUCUACAGCGUUACUAUCAUGAACAGCUAAGUUCCAGUAGCUUAUCAUCCUCUGCAAACACUGAAUCUAAACUGACCCCAAGGAUUCCAGAAUCUGGCAACAAACAUUAUAAUCAAUACGACUCUAAACAAGAUGAUUCUGCUCAAACUGGUCUCCAGUGCAACCUUCCUAGUAAUUUCUCUGUCCUACAAUCUGGUGAAAUUAAAAACAGUUUCACUUCACAAAAUAAUUCUAAACAUGGAAAAAAUCUUGAUCCUAGCAUGUGUUCCUCAACUUCUAAAAGGAAGCUUAGUGUUCAUCCUAGCUCACAAUUCUCUGAAGAUAUUAUAUGCCUCGAAACACCAAGCAAAGCAAAUUAUGGUGCAGGAUCCUCCACAAGUUCCAACAAAACUCCUCAGAAGAGCGGGGGCAGGCUGACUGCAGCUCUCAACUCCAUCAAUGAUGGUGUGGUUGGGAGCCCUUCUAAGAGAACGAGUCUGUUGGAUUAUUUCUCUCCCAAGAAGUGCACUCCCACAAAAGUGGCCAGCACCAUAACAACGUCAUUGACCAGCUCUCCUCAGCAGUCCUGUGGUAGCUUGGCCUCCAUUUCUUCCUCUCCUGUUAUUAGCCAUAUAGAAGAUAGUCCAAGCAAAAUAGGAAGCACUUCUAUGAAUGCCCUCAGCAGUAACCAUCAUCCUCCUCCAUCAACCUCCACCAGUAAUUCAUGCAGUUCCAAAUCCAUCAUUAAUCCAAGCAGCAUAACUACUAAUGCAAGCACAUCAACAUCAAUCAAUCAUACAAUCAGCAGCAAUCACACCACCAACGUCCUGAGCAGCAAGGAAGAGACAGUGUCAUGCCCGGUGUGUGGUGUUGCUGUAGCCCAAAACAACAUCAAUCGACAUCUCGAUGCUUGCCUCCAGAGAGAUGCUGCUACUGGUGCUGCUGUUCACCCCAAUCCUGCACAGUUGAAGCGACCUCCUCUUCCAAAGUUGGUUUAUCAUCUGCUCAGCGACACCAAGCUACGCAAUGAGCUGAAGAAAGUUGGCCUCUCAACCAACGGCUCAAGAGAUACACUCAUUAAGCGUCACAAGAAGUACGUGGUGCUGUACAAUAGCGAGUGCGACAAGCUGGAGCCCCGGCCUAUACAGCAGCUACACAGACAAGCAGCGCGUGAGGAGCAGAUACAACCUACACAGUCUACUCAGACUAUACAGUCGAUUUUUUCUUACGAUUGUAAGUCGUCUCCUACCGUCAUUGAGGAAGGGCAGAAAAAAAUUCAAAAAAAAUUCAGCAAUCAAUUUGCUUCCCUUUUGGCUGACCUGAAGAAGAGAAGAAAACUUGAAGGCCGCGCUAAUACUGAUGUCAACAUCAAACCUGAAGUCAACAUCGAACCUGAAGUCAGCAUUAAACCUGAAGUCACCAUUAAACCUGAAGUCAGCAUCAAAACUGAAUUAAACAUCAAAACUGAAUUUCCUCCCUCAACAAUGGUCAGUGGAAGUGCCGAUGAUGAGGCUCGUCUCUUCAAAAUUGAGCCUGAUGAUAUAAGUGAUCCAAGUGAUUACCUCUAUUGCGAGGUACCUGGUAACUCGAGUGUAAAUCAGCCAACGCUUUCCUCUAAACUCUCGGCACAAAAAUGGAGCUCGCCUCCUAGCCAUUGUAACGUUGCAGGAACUCGUGAAAUUCCUCGUUCAAGUCAAUGUGAGGCUCGAGAUGAAAUUUUCACUCCUAGAAGAUCCAAAUUGACUGUUCAGCGAAGAUCAAAUUUAAGUUAUGAUAUUAUUAAUCAGACUCCAGCAAGCAAAAUUUGCGAUAUUCCCGCACCUACGUCUCCGAUCUUCAGAACUGGUAACAGUAAAUCGUUGGAGAACACUUCCGACUCGAACUUUAAUAGAGCUACUAACGUUCCUCCAUCCACCAAUGAUUCAGUGAGAGUAAUGCCAAAACAUUAUUCUUUUGAUGAGGAUGAUGAUGACUUUGACGAUUUUUUAUUUGAAGAUAUUAGUAAUGAAGGAAAGUCCAACGUGUCAAGAGGCAGCGACACCGUUUAUGGAGAGCAGGAUUCUACUAGGCUUUUGUCUGCGAACGAGAAUCUUGUUGAUAAUUUUGAGCCAAGUGACCGCAAAUCUAAGUCGCCUUUGGAGACGGUAAGAAAAUGCAAAAGUUUCCUCUCAAAUUUUCCUUCUACUAGCAGUGCUGGAGCAAAGGAAGCUGACACUGACGAUGAUAUACCGUCGUAUGACUCAAUGGAAGCUUCCUCUAAGCUACUCAGAGUAUCUGCCGACAAUGCCUCUGCUGAAUUGGAGCCUUACGUUCGUUUGGAACUUAUAAAUGGCUUAUCUGCAUCGACGCUCAACACAAAAUCUUUAAAUUCCGCACCAAACAUGAUCAUUCAAGCACCAUACAACGGUCCCAGUGCUGGCAGCUCUUUGCCUCCAGGCGCUCGUUGCAGUCCUGAUCUCUUCACGGCAGACGCCGAAGACUCUGAUGCCUCCAGCGAAUGCAGCUACAGCCUCCUUGAUGACCGUGCUGAACAGCUCAUGGAUGUGGACAUUUUGGAGGAUUCUCGCCCACCUGCAGUGCAGUCUACUGAACAUCCUGAUACUGAAGACGAUAGUAGCGAUGAAAUUCCAGCCUCGCAACUCAGGCUAAAGCAAUCCAAAGUGUCUCCUUCUUUAAGACAAUCGGAGGCUGCGAACCUGAUUGUUGAACAGCUUCCCUUGGACGACAAUCACGCAGGGGCGUUCGACAGGUCCUUUGAAGCCUACGGACGCCUGCAUGAGGAGGACAGCGAUGACGUCUUGGGUGCUGCUGAUGCAGAUCUUCCGUCGCUAGGAGCAACGGGAUGCGAGAGUCCCGUGGUGAGGCGGUCGGGACGCCGGCCUCCCGCCCGCUUAGCGGCGCUGUCGCAUAAAGUGGCGCUCUGUCGCAGAGACGUCGCUCCUGUCGAGUCCAAGCUGGACAAUUCCGUGCCUUUAAAGUCCAAGCGAGAUAAUUCUAAUUCGAGUUCGAAGAUCGCUGGACGUAAACGAAAAUCUUGCGAGCUCUCCAGCGGGCCAAGCACCGCGCCCCGGUGCGACGAAACCACGGCCAAGAGACGCUCCACACGUCGCAGGAAUUUGUGAUAUUGUGUGCUUGUUCUCUGAAAACGGGAAUUUCAUGUUAACUUCUGAAUACAAUUUAUUUCUCAAUUCACCUAAGCAAUUUUUGAGAAAUAUCCCGUUUUACAAUCGGAAUUAGCGUAUCAGGUUCUUCAAUUUAUAGCUAAGAUUAACUUUUAUUUCACCACGAAAAUCAGUGAAAAAUAUUAUGUGUUUUCUCACCUACAGUCAGUAUCAAUGCUCAAGAUCUUUCACGUUAUCUUCUGACUAAAUUUUAUUCCUCACAUUCAAUGUAAGUCAAUUUAUGAACAAAAAUUUCAGUGUGAGUGAAAAGCUCGUUUUAAAAUAAUUUGGUUAGCUGUGAUCGCGAAUUUUGAUUGCGAUUCAAGUUAUUAUGCGAUAAUGAAUCGGUUUGAAAUGUACAGUCUUUCAUUAUAUGUGUUUAAGAUCAAUUGUGUAGCGUGCGUGCGUCAUUCGUUAUUUGGAUUUUUCAUUAACUAAAUUGUGGCCAAAUUGGGUCGUUAAUUUCGAUGCCCAAAGCUUAGCUUUAUUAAUAAUACUCCUUUUCAGUAAUAAUAUUAAAAUAGCUGCAUUAUUAUUAUUAUUAUUAUUAUUGAAGAAGGCAUCUCAUCACCGCAAUCGUCCGCAAAAUAGCCGGUGAACGGAUUCAGUUACGUCACCUCAUUCUUCUUGCUGAAAAACUAAAAUUUCAUAUCCGCAUGUUAAUCUAGAGUAUUAAUUGUCUCUUCUUUCUGUUCUGCUUGUAAUUGCCUUUUUUCUAAUAGGUGCUCUUUCUUGUAAUGUUGCGGUAAUUUUUGUGUAUCAUAGGUUGAGAAAUUUUUCGCCAGCAAAACUAUGACGAAUACUAAGUCUAGAAUUCGUCCUGUGACCAGGAAGCGGCUAUCCAGAUUAUAAUAAUUAUUUCAUCGCGAUUGAAGUGAAUAAAGUAGAGACCAACGAGUAAGUCUAAGCAUUUCGAUAUUUGCUAUGCAAUUUGCGCAUAUAUUUGCAGCCCACUUAGUCAUUGAGAGGUUACUCCAGCCCACGAAUUCAACGAUGUACAAAGGCCAGAAUGUUAAAUAUUACACGCCUUCCAUCAAUAAAAAAUCCGAUAAGACACGUAAAAAUCCGCCAAAUAAGUGAAAAUUAGAAUAAUCUUCAUUCGUUGGUAUUUUGUAAAAUGUUAUAUUCCUACAAGUAUUUUGUAAUAUGCUAUAUUCUUAAAAAUAUUUUGUAAAAUGCUAUAUUCUUCCAGUAUUAGUGUCUUACUUUGUUCGAAUUACUCACCAUUAUUUUUCUUCAAUUCGGUAAACUAGAUGGCAGCUCUAGCUUAGCUUUUUUACGUACUUUUUCUUGUGUAUCACUGAAACAUUUUUUCUAUAUUCUAGUGAUCGUUAAUAAUUAAACUUCUUGUUGUGUAAUCAUCACACAUUCUCACAUAGAAAUGCGAAACUAGUAGCUACUGUGAGUAUCUAAAUGUAUAUAUAAUACAUGAUGUAUUGUUAAGUACUGUCAUACCUUUUGUAUGUUUUUAUAUAAACGCAUUGUUAAGUUCAAA